GUUCUAUAACGUCGACAUUCACAAAGCAUUCACAUCGACCCGUCUCUUAACUACUCUCCGUCGUCAUUUUUACUCAAUCUAACCCAGGCAUAAUGCCUGCAUACGCAACGACGACUACGAUCAAGCAUGUCAAUCUCCAUUCCCCCCCAAAGGAUACUGGGGGAGCACUGAAAGAUUCAGCGUCCGUAUCCAGACAUUCACCAGUAAUUUCUCUUCCCCCUCUCGAUUAUUUACAGCAGCACCGCAGGGGAUCAAUCACAGAUCCAUCUCUACAUGCUGCUUCAGCCAACCUAUCUGCAGGUUCGCGUCACGUAGAUGGACCACGUCCAGCUGCGAACUACACUUUUGGUGAUAGCGGAAGUUCAACAUACAAUUCUGAGUCUUCAAGUAAACAAAUGCGCAAGAUAUUACGUUCCCCAUCAGCAGAAUGGGAGCCUGCAAAAGGUGUUUCACCUCUACAGACAUCACUUCCUCCAAAUGGAGGAACUAAAACCACCGACCACAUGAACGUGGACAGCAGUAAUGAGAGACAAUCCCCCAGAGUUAACACGCGACAACUAGACGACAGUGAUCACAGUUCACGAAGGCAAUCUAUUGCUAAUUCUUCGGAUUCCCAAAUGUCACAUGGAACGAAACGAAAGACGUCUGCUUAUAGAGAAGCAAAUGGCAGUGACGAAGCAGAUUCGCAAUUAGUAGGACCAGGGGUACCGAGUCCCAUGAACCUCGAUUCAGAAGGACGCGCACAGAAACGGCGAGGGUCAACCAUUGAGAUGAGUAGGAUAGCCCAGCUGAGCAUAUAUGACCAGAGGCGACAUUCAGUGCAUUCUGGAACGAUAGGGCCGGUGGCAGCUCCUGGAAUCGCAGGAGGAAACGGGCAUUGGUGGUUGAACGAGAGACGGGAUUCUCUACCACCAUCGUUCCCAAACGGGACAAGUGUCUACCCCUCGGCAUUGUCCGGCGAUCAGCCACAUGGUCGACCUGCUGCACCCUCUACGCCAGGCAGCAUGGCGACUUUCGCAUGGUCUUCGACACAACACCCGGACGGUCCACAAGACCCUAAUAUACAGCACCACCCCCGUUCUUUCGAAACACAACCUAUGCAGAUGACCAUGAUGCCCCCGAUGACAUUUCCACCAGACAGGCGGAUGUCGGUGCCAGAAAGCUCGAGCUCAGCAAUAGGCCCGACCAGAAAUAUCCGUUCGCGCUCCCGACCUCCAUCGCGUCAAUUACGCGAAACUAGCCAAACUGCUACUACUGCAGGGCCCGCGCCACCUGCAGAUGAGCCUUGUUCGGCUCCUUCUCCGUCAUCAUCUAGUCUGAAACCGCCGAAGGAGCCGGGAUCUACACCUUAUUCCCGUUCACCGGAGCUCCGAGUGUCGCAUAAGCUUGCCGAGCGAAAGCGACGGAAAGAAAUGAAAGACUUAUUUGAUGAGCUGCGGGACCAGCUACCCGCAGAUCGAGGCAUGAAGGCGAGUAAAUGGGAGAUCCUUAGCAAAGCUAUCGACUUUGUUGCAACCUUGAAGCAAAGUCACCAAGAUAUGGUUCGUGAGAUCGAGAUGCUGAGACACGAGCUAGAAAGCAUGAGGCAAGGCAUACCACCAUUUGGUCCAGGAGGGCCACCCCACACUAUGGUGUAUGGGCAGGGCGCACCAGUUCCAGGAUCAUACCCACCACCUCCAGGAACGAUCCCUCAUCCUCCACCGCAUCAGCAUCAGCAACCGCCCCAUCAGCCUCAGCCCUUGUCACGACCACCAUCAUCGGAAAAUCCAUAUCCAGCAGGAGGUGCACCUACUACUCAUUCGGCAGCUCCAACAGUAGCACCGUCGGCAGCGCCUGUUACCAAUGGUGCCGCGAGCAUACCAACUAACAAGUCAGAGGUACAGCCGAUGUAGCUGUCGGGCGUGUUCACGUCUUUCCAUGUCUCUUCCCUCUGCUGAAUUCUACGUUGGCCUGGUUUUUUUAAGUUACGAGUUGUGAUGGUUUUAGCAUGGUUGUUUUCAUCUUUAUGGACGAAUUUUCACGAUCACAUGAAGUGUAUAUAGCCUUCACCUUAGGUUUUCCUUUCGUCGCAAUUGUUAUGAUGAUCAUCAAGCAUUAUUAAGAUCUGGCUUGUCUAGAACAAAGAGUUUGGCGCUAGACGCGUUUGAAAGACUGCAUCUUAUGUCA